CAACUUCCUGUUAAGACGCCUUUAGUGCUUCACUGAAGGUGAGAGUGUUCCUGACACUGCUCCGUCUGUCAAGCACAAAGACAAGCUUGAGAACGCCGGGGCAUAAAACACGCAGGAAACUGUGACGACUGAUUAGAUAAAACAAAAAAAAGCGACUUAUGGUGUCUUAGAAGAGGCCUUUUACACCCCGUUAUGGCAAAGUUCCAUGGACCAAGGUUUUUAUUCCUGGUCCUGGCAGGAUUAGUGUUAUGUAAGCAGGGUCACACAGAGACAAGUUCUAAUUCUUCCACGCAAUCAACACCUGCAGUCACCCCACCAGUUUCCCUAGCUUCCACUCAAGGUGCUGCAGAUGACAAAAAUGGACCAGAAAACUCAAGCGCAAGCACCUCUGACUCCGCACGCACUUCCUCCACCAUGAACCCAAUCUCACCCCCACUCACAACCAGCACAGCAACAGACAAUGACGACACAGGCACACCCGCACGCAACUCCAGCCAUUCAAACAUAACCCCAGCUGGAGCAGAGAUGAACAUAACAGGCUUUCCUCCAAGCACCACCGAGCAUCAACACCAAUCACACACAACUUUGAAUGAACGAGAGAAUUACAUGACAGGCUUACCCACAAGCACCCCCUCUCAUCAACACCCAAAUACAACCGUAACCGUGACUACAGCAGAAAACUCAAGCACAAGCACCUCCGACUCCCCACGCACCUCCUCCACCAUGAACCCAAUCUCACCCCCACUCAUGCCCAGAAUAGCAACAGGCAAUAACGACACAGGCACACCCGCACGCAACUCCAGCCAUUCAAACAUAACCACAGCUGGAGCAGUAACAGAGAUGAACAUAACAGGCUUUCCUCCAAGCACCACCGAGCAUCAACACCAAUCACACACAACUUCGAAUGAACGAGAGAAUUACAUGACAGGCUUACCCACAAGCACCCCCUCUCAUCAACACCCAAAUACAACCGUAACCGUGACUACAGCAGAAAACUCAAGCACAAGCACCUCUGACUCCGCACGCACUUCCUCCCCCAUGAACCCAAUCUCACCCCCACUCACAACCAGCACAGCAACAGACAAUGACGACACAGGCACACCCGCACGCAACUCCAGCCAUUCAAACAUAACCACAGCUGGAGCAGAGAAUUACACAGCAGGCUUACCCACAAACACCUCCGAGCAUCAACACCAAUCACACAUAACUUUGAAUACAACAGUAGCAGACAAUAACACAACAGCCUUGCUCCCAAACACCACCAAGCAUCAACACCCAAAUACAACCGUAACCGUGACUACAUCAGAAAUCAUCAAAGCAAACACCUCCGUCUCCCCACGCACCUCCUCCACCAUGAACACAACCCCACCCCCACUCACAACCAGCACAGCAAAAGAGACAUCCCCCAAGUGCAACUACACCCUCAAAGAAGAAAACGAUACUGUGACAGUGAAAAUUGACAAGAAUGACUCAGCAGACAAAUACAAGAUUAAAUUCACAGACACAUCAGAUGGAAGCUCUACAGAAGAGUCUUUCCCAAUAUCACUUAAAUCAUUUAAGCCUUGCCAAAAUUACGCUGUCACUCUUACUCCUUCCUGUAACCCCACGACUGGAUUUUUUAAAACAAGAGAAUUAGUUGACUCAGAUGUAAACCACACGUUGAAGAUAACUGGGGAAAAAGUACAAGUGUGUUUUGAGACCAAAUGGAAUUUGAGUGAAUGUAUUGAUCUCAAUACCAGUAACUCCUGCACUGACAGCGUGACUUUUAACGGAGAUCCCUGCAAGAAAUCUAUCCCUUUCACACUUCCCCCAGUAAAGCCUGUUAUUAAUUAUACAAACGAGUUUCCCACGGAAUUACGUUGGGACAAUCGGCCUUCAAACUGCCUAAAAGACCUCACAUACAACUGCAAUGGUUUGGCAGUUGCAGAUUUUAAAGAUUUGAAACCUAUUCAUAAUCAUAUCUGCACUGGGACAUAUGAUUAUGGGAAUGGAACAAUUACAAGUGAUCCCAUCCCAGUUAAGAUUGAUUGUGAUAUAGUGAAUGAGCCCAGUCUCUCUGUAAGUCAUAAUAGCAUUCAUGCAUCCUGGCAAUUGGAUAGCAAGAAGUGUCCAUCGAUUACCACAGACUUCACCUGGAAAGUAACGUGUAAAAAUGGUUCCACCAGCUCUUUAAAAGAGCACUGUACCAAGAACCCCUGUAAAUUUUCUAAUUUGAAUUUUUUUACGGAAUAUACUUGUGAGUUUGAAGCAUCUUAUGAAAACAAACCAUUUAACACCACUACCAAUACUACAAAAACCUGGCCUGGACGACCUUUCGCAAAAACUCAAACAAAAAAAGAUGAAAGCCAUAAUGCUUUCAAAGUGAGCUGUUCAAUCGACAAUUGGAAUGGAAUUCCGGGAAAGAUCUUCGCAGAGCUCUACAUUAAUGAUCAUCUGGAAGACAAUAAAACAGACUGUAAUGGAAUGAGUUGUGAUUUUCAUUUCACAAACCUCUACUACUUAACAAAAUAUAAAAUUAAGGUGUAUGCCCAAAAUGGUAAUGGGAACAGAACAGUUAUCCUUGAUGUGGAUCAUUCCACUAAAUACAAUGACAAAGCCGUUAUUGGAUUCCUGGCCUUUCUCAUUGUACUCACAUCUGUUGCACUGCUGUUUGUCCUCUACAAAAUCUAUCUUUUAAAGAGAGAGAAGUCAAGCAGGAACGACCAAGAACUGGAUGACCUUCUUCCUACAAAUGCACUGCUCCGGGUGGAACCCAUGAGUGCUGAAGCUCUGCUGGAGGCCUACAAGAAGAAGAGGGCUGACGAGGGACGUCUGUUCAUGGAGGAAUUUCAGAGUGUUCCACGUAUCUUCUCCAAUUACUCAGUCAGAGAGGCCAAAAAACCAGAAAACCAACCCAAGAAUCGCUAUGUUGACAUUCUUCCCUAUGAUUAUAAUCGUGUUACUCUCUCUCAUGGAGGAACAGAUUAUAUCAACGCCAGUUUUAUCGAGGGUUACAAGGAGUCCAACAAAUACAUUGCAGCCCAAGGACCCAAGGAAGAGACAGUUGGAGAUUUCUGGGCAAUGAUCUGGGAGCAAAAGACUUCGAUUAUUGUCAUGGUAACCCGUUGUGAAGAAGGAAACAAGAACAAAUGCGCUCAGUACUGGCCAUCAAUGGACAGAGAAACAGAGAUUUUUGAGGAUUUGGUUGUGAAAAUCAAGGGAGAGGAAAACUGCCCGGAUUACAUAAUUCGCCACCUGACAAUGAUGAAUCGGAAAGAGAAGGCAGCAGAAAGAGAAGUCACGCACAUCCAGUUCACGAGCUGGCCUGACCAUGGUGUCCCCUCUGAUCCUGGCCUGCUCCUUAAACUCCGCCGCAGAGUCAAUUCCUUUAAAAACUUCUUCAGUGGUCCCAUCGUCAUUCACUGCAGCGCUGGAGUUGGACGCACAGGGACCUACAUCGGCAUCGAUGCCAUGAUUGAGAGUCUGGAGGCAGAAGGACGUGUGGACAUUUAUGGAUAUGUGGUCAAACUUCGCCGUCAAAGAUGCCUCAUGGUCCAAGUUGAGGCCCAGUAUGUGCUCAUCCACAUGGCGCUGAUCGAGUACAGUCAGUUUGGCGAGACAGAAAUGUCACUCGCAGAUUUCCACUCAGAGGUCAAUACACUCAGACAGAAGGAGGGAAAUGAGACAUCUUUAAUGGACCUGGAGUUUCAGAAACUUCCAAAAUUCAGAAACUACAGGGCGUCCAACACGGCGCGGACUGAGGAGAAUAAUAAGAAAAACCGCUCGUCUAUCGUGCCAUAUGACUUCAACAGAGUCCCAAUUAAAGUGGACGACGAAGCCAGUCAUGACAGCGAGGCUGAAGAUGAGGACGAAUAUUCCUCAGACGAAGAAGAUGAAGUCCCCACCAAAUAUAUUAAUGCCUCAUAUGUGGAUGGAUACUGGUGCCCAAGUAGCUUCAUUGUUGCUCAGGGACCUAUGCCUGACACAGUUGCUGACUUUCUGCACAUGCUUUACCAGAAGAAGGUUAAAACUGUGUUCAUGCUCUCUGAUUGCAUUGAGAAUGACCAGGAGAUGUGCGCCCAGUAUUGGGAUGAUGAGAAGAAAACAUUUGGGGAGAUGGUGGUGGAGGUCAAGGAGACUGAAAACUUCCCUACAUACAUCAGACGGUGCCUAGAAAUACAGCACACAAAGAGGAAAGACAGCCAAACAUUGCAGCAGUACCACUUCCUGAAAUGGGUGGGUCAUGAGAUCCCACCCAAGCCUCUCGACUUGGUUGACAUGAUGAAGAGUGCCAGACAGAGCGGUGUUAACAGCAGCAAAAACAACAAUUUGCCCAUUGUAGUCCACUGCAAUGAUGGCUCCUCACGUUCUGGAAUCUUCUGCGCCUUGUGGAAGCUUCUGGACAGUGCGGACACAGAGAAACUGGUGGACAUCUUCCAGGUGGCCAAGGACUUACGCAAGGCUCGUCUAGGGAUGAUCAACACCCUCGAGCAGUACGAGUUCCUGUAUGCCGCCCUGGAGGCAGCGUACCCCGUGCAGAACGGCGAGGUGAAGAAGCCCAGUGAAGCCCCUGCUGACUCAGUGCAGAUUAUUAACGAAUCAACAGCACUGAUCCCAACGAAUCCCAGCACAGACGCUGAGCACCAAGAGAGCACCAAAGAGAAACCAAGCGAAGAGAGCACCAAAGAGAAACCAAGCGAAGAGAGCACCAAGGAAGGCACUGACUCAACAUCGCCUGAAGAGGGAGUCACUGAGUCCAGCAGCGAGCCAGAGAAAGCCCUCAGUGAAAACACCACUAAUGGUCCCACUGCUACUGUAGAGGUUUAAACUGUUCAAUUAUAAUUGCAGCUUGCUUUGUAUUUGACUUUUUUUUCAAUUUUUUUUUUAUAAAAUAAAAAACAAACAAAAACAAACAAAACAAUCUUUAAUUUAAUGACUGCUUAUUUGACACACUCUGGGUGACUGUAAAAAUAAAUGUUAUAAGAGAAAAAGAGAAAUAACUGUCUCUUUUUUUAACAUUGAAUUUUAGAGUUUUGUUGUAUUCAACUACAGUGUUAAUUUAAUUAACCGAAAACAUGGGGGAAAACUAAUGACCAGCUCUGAAUCUGUAAGAAACAACAUCCCUCUGUUCUGAAUCUGUGAGAAACAACAACCCAUUGCUUUAGUGUUAUACUAUUAUUAUUAUUAUUAUUAUUAUUAUUAUUAUUAUUAUUAUUAUUAUUAUUAUUAUUUCAAACUGUACCUUUCUAGUGGUGUAUUUUAGUGCAAGAUGCUAAGACUUCUGGAGGACCAGUUAUACGCAAUUAGUCCUACAUCUCAACACAUUCUGUAUUUAAAUCCAUCAUACCACCUUGUCAUGAAUCUAUGCUUGAAAUUUCCAGAACUCCAAAAAAACCCUCCAGAAUUAGCUUUUAGUCCUGUCUCUUUUUUUUCCUUUUUAAACUGCAUGCAUGAAUGUAAUGUAAAUGGAAAGUUUGCUCAUAUUCACUGUAUAUCUAUAUAUAUCUAGAAGUAUUUUGUUAAGAAAUCUAAGUUAUGAAGUGCCGAAUGUAUAAAAGGGCAAAGAUAUGUUAUGCAAAGAUUACUUUGCAGUACACUUUUGUCUUCAAACUAUCUGAUUGGUAUUGAUUUUUAUUAUUAGUUUAAUAUCUUAUAUAAUUAUGGCUAUAUCCUUUGUUGUUUUGUAAUUGGAAAAAUAAUGAAUAAAGGUUUUAAAUAUGUCA